CCGGCAGCCUGUCUGCGUGACCGCGGCAGGUUGGUCCUGGAGCAGAUGAGCGCAGAAUAUUUAGGCGAAAGCUCACGGAGGGGGGUUGCGCGGGGAAGGAGGAGUACCUCGGCCAAGAAAAUUAUGCAUGCGUUAGGGAAGCUGUGAGAGAAUGGCUGUGGAAGCUCUCCACUGCGGUUUGAAUCCACGGGGUAUUGAUCAUCCUGCUCAUACUGAAGGCAUUAAACUGCAAAUUGAAGGUGAAGGUGUUGAGUCUCAACCCAUUAAAAACAAACAUUUCCAGAAGGUGCUUGACCAAAAAGGAACCCCUAAGCGACUGCAGGCAGAAGCUGAGACGGCUAAGUCAUCUACGGUGAAGCUGUCAAAACCAGUGGCUCUGUGGACUCAGCAGGAUGUCUGCAAGUGGUUGAAGAAACAUUGUCCAAAUCAGUAUCAGAUCUACAGCGAGUCAUUCAAACAGCAUGACAUAACUGGGCGAGCUUUGCUGAGACUUACUGACAAAAAGCUUGAGCGAAUGGGGAUUGCCCAGGAAAACCUCCGGCAGCACAUCUUGCAACAGGUGCUCCAGCUGAAGGUGCGGGAAGAAGUCAGAAACCUACAGUUACUCACACAAGCCUCAAUCGAGGGUUCUCCAUAAACGUGGUGAGCCUUCCAAGCUACUCUCCUGCCAGUGGAUAUGAACAUGACCUGCUCCUCCCAGAGAGACUAACUCGUGGCCCUGCCAGACGAUCCCCUUGGAGCAUUGACAGAUUAACCAGAUUAACUGCAGGGGAAAGCACCCAUCCAGGCAAGCUGAUGGGCUUUGGAAAAUCUUAGCUUGCCGUGGAUUUGAAAACGAGGUGCAUUACAUGCAGUGCCCACUCGUUGCAAGCGGUCAUCGGCAGACGAUUAGCUGGAAAAUUGCUUCCAGUUUUCAUCACUGUGCAUCACUCCAGCCCCCUGCGGGGAGCUGUCUGUGCCCCUCCCUGGAAGUCCUGUUUCCGCAUGGCAACUACUGGAUUCUCUUACUAUGUGUGCAGAUGGCAUGAUGUGUUAGACAACAAUUACAGCAGUUUUGCAAUCUCGGUGGAGGUGUUUACCAUAGCGUGCCCUGGUAGGAAUGUCCACAUGUCUCCAUUAUGUUAGUUAUGACAUCUGAAAGUAUUCUGUCCAACUCUUAAGCACUUUAUAGGAGACACGAAUCAGCACGUUCAGUACCUGUGAGAAAACAAGUAUUUUCUUUUUUGUUUUUUUCUUUGUAAAUCUUGUCUUAUUUCUGGCGCAGACUGUCCGAGACAAAGUCCACUCCUAGCAUAUCCCCAGUUGUUUAUGGUAGAUCGGUGUAAAUAUGGCCACAAUACUGUUAGACUUAACCUCUUGACACUUUCCUGAACAACUGGAUCCCAAAGGAAAGUAGAAGUGGGCUGAUUGUAAUACCUUAGCUCCUGGCUCCUUGCACUGAGGCACAACGUAACCACUUGCACAUACAACCACUCAAACACAGGAGGCUUCUCCUUGGCCAGCGUGCAUGCUCUCGAAGUCUAUAGAAGAGUUCUUUCAAAUCAAAAACAGGGAAAUGGCCUUCUUUUAAUCGAAGACCAUGCUGGGUUGAUGUUAAGGGCAGCAGAAUGCAGUUUGCCAGUGGUCUGACUUUAAAACCGUGGAAGACUUCCUAGGUCAAGUUCAAAUCAUAGCUCUCUGGGGAGAAAAACCAGCAAGUGACUCCUGGGUGCCUAGAGAAGGAAAAAGAUCCAAUUGCACAUGAGGUUUUCUCCUCAAUAAAGAACCUGCUAGUCCCUGCUAAUUCUUUCUAGGAUUAUACCCACAACUAGUUUUUUGUUUGUUUGUUUGUUUGUUUGUUUGUUUUACUGUCUUAUAACAAAGCACAGACCUGGGGAAAAGGUCAAUCCAGUUAUUGCUUAUCGUUAAGCAUUAGAAAAUUGCCCAAUGAACUGACCCUAUAGAAUGUUUUAGCAUUUUUUCCCCUGAAAAUAUAAAUUUGGCUGAAUCAAAAACUCAGCAAAGCAUGUUCUGUGUGCCCAUGGUCUCAGCCUGGCACUGACAGGCAUGGAAUAAUUUGCUAUAAAUACAUGGAACAACUCUGGGACCCUUCCAGCACAAGCGAGCUGUGCCUUUUAGAGGGUCACCAGACACCCUCUCCCGCAUUUUGCUUCCCCUGGGGUCUCAGGAAACCAUAGCCCACUGAAAAAAGGGCUUACACUGAGAUUUGGAAACCUGACAGGGAAGAGCAGAGAGGUUCAAAGGUGAUGGGGGUGAAUCACCCAAUAGGGUGACUCACCCGUCAGGUUGUGGUGCCAAAGAAGGGGGCUUCCAAGAGGGAACUCAGAGGAGUUCCAAUACCCCCAAGAGCUGACCCUCCAACAUGUUAGCAAUAGGACCAUCAGGCCCCCCAGCAGACCACAGUUCUUUACAAACCCUGCUGCCAACUCCUCUGGACAUAGCAUGCCAAUCUCCACUCACCUCCUCGGUUUCAAUUCCAAGAGCAGGGUUUCCUCCUAUCAUUCCUCCCUUUAUUCAGCAAGUAUUUGCUGAGCACCUACUAUGUGCCAAACAUUGUGCUGGGGCAGCAACAGUGUACAAGGCAGAGUCUCUCCACCUUUUGAAAGAGCUCCUUCUCCCGAACACUGUCCCCACCCCGUCUUUUUCAUAAUGACAACAGCACUGGGACAGCAUUCACCCCCUGCCAGAGUACGCUGGGGAAAUGCCUGGAAAAGGGGGCAGAGGAGGAAGGGGUGGUGCACGGCAUUGAGCCACAUAUUGGCACCCUUCAUGCAUAGCCGACUCUCCCAGGGCCCAGAUGUAGCUGGGAAGAGCUUCCCAGAGCAGCUCUCCAUUGCUUUCUUUGAUGUCUAUCCUGGUCACCUAUAUUGCCAUCCUUUACAGAGACACAAAAACCUCCUUUGCUGUAUUCUCUGAAACUCCAAUUCCAUAAUUAGUCCUGGGGACACAGAAUUGGACCUGAUGCAUCCAAGAGAACUACUGCCAGAUGCUGAGAGAGCGUAGCUGGGAAUUGAUUGGUUUAACCAGGACUUUCUGAGACCACCGCUAACACCCGUGGAAAGCCAGACAUGCUUGAUGGUGCAGAUGUUCAUAAAAUGACGAUGGUUCAUCUUCAUCCUUACUUACUCUGGCUUUUGUGAAAUACGUUCUGAGCAAUUAAGUAAGUUGAGUUUCCUAGCUUUUUUCUUUUAGUUAAAGGAGUGCUGGAACAUGGUGGUGGGUGAAGUUGGAGCUGGGAAAGACGAAGAAGACAAUGAAAGAGCCCAGUUGAAGAUGGAGACGGCUUCUCUAAAAAUGCCUUAAUUCCUGGCAAGUACCACAUAUUUGCAGAUGAACUACAACUGCUUACCAAACUGUCCACCUCUGUUUGAAAUCACUUCGGGGGAUGCUUUUGAAAACAUGGGAGCAUCAAAUCUGAGUUGUCACGAGCUGAGCCACAAAAUGGAGCAAUGAUGCCAUUCCUGGGGCCCAAGAUUCUUCGUUACGUGUUGAUGCAGUUUCCCACAGUUCCUUUCUGCUGUGCUGUACCUUCGUUCUAAGAUGCAUAUGGGGAAUCCGACCUCCAGAAGGUCAGAAAUGGCUGGGGUGAGUUUUGUUUAGUAGGAAGCAGGAGACAGGGAGGUGUGGGAUAAAUACGUUGCUGUCCCAAAGCUCCAAGAAUUGUAAACUGUUGACUUCUAACUUUUCCUUAAACCUGUGCUACACCUUUUAUGAAAAGGCUGACACCCACAGUGUAAAGAAAAGCACUCUUAGGAAAGAACAGAAAUAAAUAAUUACCAGACUCCCUUGGGUGCCAUGGAGAUUAGCUUUUUCCAAUUGAAUUUAAAUAUGCAGAACAUCCAGGUUCUGCUAGGGUGAAAAGCAAUCACUUCGGUAGUUUAUGACAGACCUAGUGGGGUAGAGACCCCAAGAGCUUUCUUUGUGGGUAACGAUGCAUCUUCUCAUCUUCAAAUCCUGCUCAGGCUCUGGGAGGUGUGUUACCACACACCUGAUGCUACCUCCAAAAUAUGGGUAAACAGCACACAAGUCUCUGCAGAAACACUUCGAAGUUGCUCACACAAAGACUCAGAGACCUUAGUUCUGAGGGAAUUCUGCUAUUUUUAAUGUUCAAGAGGAAAAGGAAUAAAUUCGUGAGGAUAUAAACUCAGGAUAAACUCAGAUAGAUUUACCCCCUCAUUACUUGCCAAUGUGCUUUGCCUGCAAACAUCACCCAAUUGAUUUUGGGUAGGAACACUAGAAGUCUCAAGGAAGAAAGAUUUUUGAGACCCCCCAGCACUUUAGUUUCACCAAAACCUCCUCUUCCCAGAGCAUUAGUAGCUCCAUUCUUUGUGGUGUUUUUCUCUACAUUCUUUAGGGCAAUUUUGUUACUUGACAACUAGACUUAAAGCUUCCAUAGUCUCUUUUUGAACAGCUAAUCUUUGAAAAUGACAUAUAUUCCUUGAUGCACUAAAGGCUGUUUUUAUCCACCUUUUUCACAGUUCCCUCCACCCCACUUUUUUGCUUUGUUUUGUGAUUUUGUUUUAAUUUCUACUUUUGACAGUGUUCUGUGGGUAGAUUUCAAGUAUUCUAUAAAGAACUCAAACAGAAAAACAUCAUCAUCCCUCCACCCCCACUCCCUGGCCCAGUACUGACUAGUAAUUCCUUCUUAAGCUUGAUCAUGGUGAAAUCUUGCUGCCCAAACCCCAGUGGGACAUAUCUUUGGGGGAUGGCUGGUCAUUGCUACUAAUUAAAAAGAGGCCUCCCUGGCCAGUGUUGCUCGGUUGUUUGGGCAUCAUUCCAUACACCAAGAGGUUUCCAGUUGGAUUCCCUGUCAGGGCACAUGCCCCGAUUUCGGACACAAUCCCUGGUAGAAGAUGUACAGAAAACAGCUGAUCAAUGUUUCACUCCCACAUUGAUGUUUCUCUCUGUCUCCCUUUCCCUUCCUCUCUCACUUAAAAAAAAAUCAAUAAAGAAAAAAAGAGGCCAUGAGAUCGUGGAAGAGGACAGACCAGAAGCUGCUUUGGCUUAGGGGACAGGUGUGUGUGUGGUGGGGGCGGGGCGGGGGGGCUCUAUUUCAAAGACAAGCACUGCCCCUUAGUCUCCUUAGAUCUGCAUCUAACCCUGUAGCCAGAAAACUAUCUUAGGAAUUCUGCUUUAUCAAUGUGCAUGAUUUCUGGCACCACUGCUUAACUUCAAGAUCAAAGAGAAUCACAUUUCCAUUAUGUUGCUCUGGUGACUUACUCUAGUGGGGAGACAGGGAGCAUGCUUUAGAAAGCUGACCGCCUGUGGGAAGCCUAAGGAAACUCUGGCCAAGUGCACAGGGAGGUUCUGCCACAGAAAGAGCAAACUAGAUACUUCCUUGCAGAUUCUCACUUGGGAAGGUGGCGAGAGGGAUGGUCUCCUUGGUGGUUUUCUUUGGGCCAUCAGCUUGGCUCCGCAGGGAAAGAGCUGGGCUGAGGGCAAGCACUGCUUCUGAGGUCUGAAAUUUUUAGGGUGAAAUUCACCUGUAACAAUUGGAAAGGGGAAGUGCCAUUGAGUAUUGUUCCAGUUUUAUACCCCCUGCCCAACAGCACAAAGACUGGGAAAUGACUUGCUUUGGUCAAUCUGGAGUUUCAUUCGCCAUGUAGGGUUAUUUUAAAAUCUUGACGCACUCCAAGCAUUCUUACUUCAGGGCUUCCUUUCCCCAAUUCCAUCAAGCACCAGAAGUGACCAGCAACAUACACCUAAUAAUGAAAUUUCAAAGGAACCAUAUGAUUUGCAUUGAAUUGCAGUUGACUGGUUGACAUAAUAUUAAGUGUUUGGGGUAGUUAGACAUUAUUUCUGAUUACACAACCUUCUUUUUACUGGAGCCAGUGGUUCAGGCAUUUCAUUUGUUUAAUUACUUGUUUUGUUGUUGUAUUCCAAACUUUAAACAUGUACAGAAGCCUUAGAAGGGCUCUUUAAUGCGGGCCUUUUUGCCUAAAGUGCAGAGUGAGAGAAAUAGGAGUGAUGAAGAGAUGGUUAAACUAAUGCAAAGUUGGAGAUCUAUACCUAAAACAUUUAAGACAUUGGAAAUUCUGCUUGUCACCUCCUGCAUUGUUUCUAGCCUUCUAAUUUAAAUCUUUUGGAUCCAAGGAAAUAAAAGGGCUGCUUUCCUGUGGCUUUGCCACAUUAGCACACACACAGAGCUACCACAUGUGGAACUCUAAGCUGGAUUGUUCAUGAGCACACGGAUCUGUUUUGUGUCCUGUAUUUAAUUACCACCACCACCACCACCCAAAUUCUAUAAAAAUGUAUUCAGAUGCUUUACCCUUUAAAAAAUUGCAAAGUGAGCCCAGCCUGUGUGGCUCAGUGGUUGAGUGUUGAUCCAUUGAACCAAGAGGUCACUGGCUCGAUUCCCAGUCAGGGCACAUACCUGGGUUGUGGGCUCAAUCCCUAGUAGGGGGCGUGCAGGAGGCAGCCAAUCAGUGUUUCUAUCUAUCCUUCUCCCUUACUCUAGCUCUAAAAAUCAAUUAAAAAAUAUUUAAAAAUUGCAAAAUGAGAGAUUCUUAUGAGAUAAUUACUUCUCUCGGGGUAGGGGAACUGAUUUUGUGAUAUAAUCUUAAAGGAAAGAAAGCUUGCUAUUAAAUGCCUUGAGUAUCUUCUGGUCGCUCCUGUCCCAUUCCACAUACUGAUGAUGAUCUUCCAUCUCCCCAGAGGUUAGCCUGACCUCUCUCUAAAUAGCACAAAUGCCAUGAAGACACCUUCUGAAGCUCUAAGUCAGCGGUUCUCAACCUGUGGGUCGUGACCCUUUUGGGGGUCGAACAACCCUUUCACAGGGGUCACCUAAGACCAUCGGAAAACACAUAUAUAAUUACAUAUUGUUUUUGUGAUUAAUCACUAUGCUUUAAUUAUGUUCAAUUUGUAACAAUGAAAAUACAUCCUGCAUAUCAGAUAUUUACAUUAUGAUUCAUAACAGCACCAAAAUUACAGUUAUGAAGUAGCAACGAAAAUAAUUUUAUGGUUGGGGGUCACCACAACAUGAGGAACUCUAUUAAAGGGUCACGGCAUUAGGAAGGUUGAGAACCACUGCUCUAAGUAAACUCUCCAAGCAUCAGUCCAAUAAUAUGAUUUGGAUUGAGUAUGGUCAUGGUCCUUGAUUGUAUGAUCCCUAAAUCAAUUCUCAUUCUUUAUAUGUAUUUCCAGGACUUUUUAAACCACAAUCAACUGCAUUUGUGUUUGCACUGGGAGCUGCAUGCUCACUCUGUGGCUGCUUUGGACAAUUCCCAUGCCUGGUUCCCACACAGGGCAUUCAAGAGAAGACCAAGAAUAGGUUUCCCCUCACACCAGCUGCAGAGGUUUUGAAGGCAAUACCAGGUUCACAUCAAAAGACUCCUCUUUAUAGAUGUGGAGGAAGGGAUAUUCAUGUUUGAACACUGGCACUUUUUGUCUUUUUUCAUUGUAAUUCACCUCCCACCCACAAUCAUCAGAAAGAGAAGCUGUAGCCCCUUCAGUGAGUGUUGGCCCCAACUGGGGGUAGUUGGGGUUCCACUUGUUCAACAUUAUACUUAGGCAACUUGAAUGAUCUCUCUGCCACUACCAUUCCUCCACCAAUAGAAAAAUGCUAUCCUUAUGUGGCCAUGUUUGAGGAGACCAUGGUUGAGCCAGUGCAAGGAGCUCACAUGGCAGAGCCGAAUAAUGCCAUGCUCAUGAUUUGGCCCUGUUAAGUCUCGGUCGUGGUGGGCACAGAAGCAACUCAUCUGCUGAAAAGCCAAGCCAGCAUAAGUGUUUUGAAACUAAUUCCACCAAAACUCUUGUGUCACUGAAUCAUACUACUGUAGCUCCAGUUAAUCUAUUUAAUAUUUUAGGCACUAAAUGAAAUAGCUGCACACAAAAUUUUAGAAAAGAUCAAUAUCGUUACAAAAUUACAUAUUCGCCAUCAAAAGUACCUGAGAAAAGGAAAUGUUGAUCUGUUGUGGUUUAUAUACUUGAGUUAUUCUUGGGACUUUGUGGACACUGCACUGCUCUGAUAAAGAGGAGGAAUACAUGAAUUCAAUAGAAAUUGCCCAUCGCCUUGGAUUUCUGCCCUUCUGGUUGGGUGCCAGCUGCCCUUCCUUAGCAGACAGGGUUGUUUGCAGGCUAAGAUGAGCUAAGAGAAGCUGUCCCAUACCACCAGUAUCUCUGUAAUUCUCAUGGUGACCAGGCUACAGGCUUUAGUCAGUGAGCCUUUCCCUUUACUUUCUGCCUUCUCCUCAUAGCUAUUAUUACUAAGCUCCAUUUGGGGAUUUAAAAAAAAUAAAAGAAAGAAUGAUAACAAAGUAACAAUCACAGUUUUGCCCACACAUGCUUCUUCCAAUAUUUGGGGGCUGGUCUACAGAGCCUACGGCCAAGGCAUUCAUUUAGCUCCACUUCUCCACUUCCCAAAGGGUUAGAGCAAUAUUACUUAGCCAAGGGAGAGAGCCUUGGACUUGGCUUAGUGCCAGCAGAUGGCUGAUCUCAGGGUUUGAGAAGACCAAGGCAAGGGUGACAUUGACAAAUUGAUGGUCACAGGAAGCACAGAGCCAUAUCAAACUUCUUGAGGAGCUAUAGUGUGCUAGCAACUGUUCUAGGAAAGAAAGAAGAAGAAAAACAAUGUGAAAUGAAGAUAAGACCAGUGCUCUCAAUAGUGUAUGGGGUGGGGGGGAGAGAAAUCAAAUUAAAAAAAAACUGGUUCACUCUUUUACAAACACUGACAAACAUGAUUAUACAAGCACAUUUCAUAACACAAAGCCUACAUAAAUGGUAGACAUUUCUCUAGCUUCCUUAAGUGGGUAGUUAAGCCAGCAGUCUGAAUUCUCUUAGUCCCCUAAGAGUGGUUAAUUGAAUAAGUAUUUUCUUUAUUCAUCACCCACAACUGUGAUUUUUUCCUCUAUGCACCCUGAGAAAACCCCAGGCUGGACUUAGGUGAACACAAACACGUUAGGUGGUGAAAUAAGAGUGCCUUUUCUGCUGGAUGUUCAUUUUUGUUCCCUGGAUUUCCAGGACAUACAAUGUUUAGAAAUGUUUUCUCUAAACAGAAUUAUUGUGCACCACAAUUUUGAACCACCAAUUUCCAUAUCUUACUAGUAAGCAGCUAUCAAACUUGCCAAUUCCCUUUGGGUCUCCUUUAUAUUUUCUUAUAAUGUUCCCUUUAGUUUUGGGCUAUCCUCAAAAACAAUUGGGGGGGACAUGAUUCUUUUUAAAUUGGUAGAAAUGAAGCUGUACAGAUGUUUGCCCCCCUGUAUCUGUAAGCAUGAUCUCUAUCAGGCCUGAAAAUCUGCUUUAUCAUUUUGUACAUUUGACUAUUUUGUAUCCGCAUUACUUGAUUCCUUAUGUGCAUGGUGAUGUAUUAAAAUGUGGGAUUUCUA